UAUGAACACAUAACAGAAAUUCAAGAAGCACGAUCAGAAUUAGAAACCAAAUUUCGACUAUCAAACAAUGCAGAUAUAUUAUUAAGUCGUGCAGACGAAUUAUAUACUCAAUGUCGAUUCAAAGAAUGCCUCGAAGUCACAACUAACAAGGCAUCUACUAUGGAUUCUCAUUGCGGGCCAGCGUGGGUAGGAUUUGGACAUACGUUUGCUAUAGAAUCAGAGCAUGAUCAAGCAAUAACAGCUUAUUCUACAGCUGCAAAAUUAUAUCCAGG